AUGUCUGCAGCAGAUCUUCAAUUAACAACAACCCUUCUCCCAAUUAUCAAAAUUAUUACUAUCCCUCACACAAAAUCUGAUGCCAGCGAAGAAGAAGAAGAACAAACCGGACAAGAUUUAUUAGCUGCUGCUUCUUGCUGCACACCAAAAUCUAUGAUGAUCCCGGCGGCCCUCGUCUGCCCGCCGGCGCCCAGAAAACCCCCGCCGGAAAAACGCCGGCGCUGGUGCAAGAGGGAAUCGAUCGUCGGUACGGAUGAAUUGGAGAGCUUUUUCAAAGGGGCCGAUCAAAGGAUCAACAUCAGGAGACGUCUACUGUGA